AUGUUAAAACUAAAAAGAAAUUUUGAUUCAUACAACGAUAAUAAUUCAUACAACAACAACAAUAAUAGUACAGUUGAACCAUAUAGGCAACCAAUGGAACAAGAUUAUGAUGGUCAAUCAAAGAAAUUUAGACAUUUCCAACAACAACAACAACAACAACAACAAGCCCAACAACUCCAAAGAAAUAGAUCCGAAUAUCAAUUCUUUAAUAAUGUACAAUCACCAAUCGAUGAAAUUUUAGAUAAAAUUAAAAACACCGAACCAAUUAGACUUAAUAGAAACAACACUAACAAUAUAAAUCAAAUGAACCAAAAUGUAAAUAAUAAUCAAAAUAACAAUAUUAAUAAUAUGAACCAAAUUAAUAAUCAAAAUAGUGGAGCUAUUUUAAAUACCAAUACACAACAACCACAAAGACUUUUUACAUUAGAAGAGGUUCAAGAAAUUGUCAAAAAAGCUGUUAAAGAAAACGAAGAAGUUAUCAAGGCCGAAUAUGAAAGAAUUGUUAAAGAUAAACUUAUUGAACAAUACCAAUGUUUCUCCAAAUAUAAUGAUGAUUAUUUAUCCCGUCAAAUGAAAGAAAGUGAAUACAGUUAUAUCUCUUAA